UCUGCCGCUUUGCCGCCGCCGAGAAGUGCGGGGAGGGCGAGAGGGAGAUCGUGGCAUGCGAGGUCCCUGCAGAGCAGAGGGGGUGGCGGAGGCGGCGGCAUAGCAGCGGCGGUGGCAGGCGAGCUGGAGUCUGCUUCGCCUCCUCGCUGCAAUAAAAUGAAGGGUCAGAUGCAGCCUCAGCGAGCCAGAGGUUUCCGCGUCUCUGCCCCAGAGCAGACCAGCAGAAGGCAGGAAGGGCUUGAGAGCGCACGUCGCCCCCACUUCUCCCCACCCGGUGCGGGCAACGCACAUACUACACCGCAGUUCCCCCCCUUCCCCGCCGGUUUGCGCGCCCCCUUGCACCCCAGUCCUCCUCCUCUUCCUCAAUUCUUCGCAAAGCAGUUAACUUUUUCCUUCUGCUUCCCUCUGGAAUGGAGAAGCGGCCGGGCAUUCUUUGCAGAGAAGGAAAGGGAAAUAUCUUCGGACGAAUAAGAGAACACAUUUUAAAAGACCUUUAGAGCGACUCGGGGCUCCUUCUGGCUGGCCUCCAAAGAAAAGAGGAAUGAAGGCGGGGGUGGAUUGGAGGGGUCAUUUCUUCCCCCCCCUCUCCUCUCCCUGCCUCCGCACCGACAUUCAGUGCAGCCUCGCUUGGCCCCUCCCUGGCUGCGCCCCGAGGUUCGUUGUCGGCAGGCUGAACUGCUUAUGUGUCAAAGCCACGAUGGUACUAGACAGGAAGAAGCCGAAGAAGAACUUAGUGAAGAAGAGCAUUGGUUUGGGAACUCUUCAGAAACCCCAUCAGAAGCAUCUUAUGGAGAAGUCCAGGAGAACUUCAAAUUAUCCUUUGAGGACAGGAUCCAAGAGCAAUCUACAUCUCCAGACACUUCUUUGGGGAGCGGGACUCCUAGUAGCAACACAUUGGAAUUGGUGGCUGUUGAGAAUGAGGCCAUAAGAGAUGUAUUACAGAACAGAGAACAUCUCUCUUCUAGCGUAUCUUCUAUCUGUGACGAUGAUAAUCCUGGGCCAAACAAGCCAUUGAGUAGUAAUUUGAGACGUCUGCUGGAGGCUGGUUCUCUCAAGCUAGACACUACUAUCACAGUUAAUGGCCGGGUUGAGUCCCCAGUAAAUCUUGGCUCAAAUAUCUCUUUUUCUCCAGCUACACAUCAUGCCCAGCAGUUAAGUGUCCUUGCAAGAAAGCUAGCUGAAAAGCAGGAACAAAACGAUCAGUAUGGCCCAAACCCAGGAUUCAUAUGGAAUCAAGGCAAAUGGUUGCCUAACUCAAUGCCCUCUUGCAGCUUGUCUCCAGAUUCAGCAAUCUUAAAAUUGAAAGCCGCUGCCAAUGCAGUCCUUCAGGACAAGUCUCUUUCUCGGACUGAAGAUCCUACAAUAAGGUUUGAAACCUUCCCUUCACCAUUUAGUUCUCAAUCAGCAAGCUCCACCUUAGCUGCAUUAUCAAAGAAGGUCAGUGAAAGAAGCAUGACUCCUGGGCAGGACCAUUCACCGCCAGCAAAUUCUUUCCUUUCUCUCACCUCAAUGACUUCUUCAGCAGCCCUACUCAAGGAGGUGGCUGCAAGAGCUGCAGGCAGCCUUUUGGCUGAAAAGAAAAAGUCACUGAUUGUAGAAGAUCCUCUGCAGCUUUCAGACAUGAAGCAAGAGAAAGUAAUUCCACCACAGUCUUUGGAACUAUUGUUACUCCCAGCCCCUAAAGGAAGAGCUUCUAAAACCACAAAUUCAGCCUCAGAAGAAGAAAGUGGGAAACCUUUCCAAUGUCCAAUCUGCGGUUUGGUUAUAAAAAGGAAGAGCUACUGGAAACGGCACAUGGUGAUCCAUACAGGCUUAAAAAGUCAUCAGUGUCCCUUGUGUCCAUUUCGUUGUGCACGAAAAGACAAUUUGAAGUCACAUAUGAAGGUUCACCAACACCAGGACCGGGGAGAGACAUUUCAGUGCCAGCUGUGUCCAUUUACUUCCUCUCGCCAUUUCAGUCUGAAACUCCACAUGCGUUGCCACCAACACUUUCUGAGGACAGAAGCCAAAGUGAAGGAAGAGAUUCCAGAAAUGGAUGUCAAGGUCUCACCACUACUGAGUGACAACUCCAGAAUGGGUCAGGAGGUAGAUGGAGGAACAGACCAUGUAGGGACUACUGCUGCCUCUAGAUCUCCUGAUGCACUUGGGCAGGUGGGAACUACCAUCCCACCUCUGCUAGUCAAAGAAGAACCCAAAGAUGACAGCAGUGCCCCUAGCCCCUCUUCAGCCCUCAAUGUUGUUGACAGAAUUGCCAACAGUACAAAGCUAAAAGACUCCAUUGACUUUGUGACCAAUACAGCAUCAGCACUUUUCAGUCAGGAUAUAUCAGUCAAGAUGGCUUCAGAUUUUCUUAUGAAACUUUCAGCUGCAAAUCAAAAAGAACCCUUGACACCUACAUUUAAAGUGAAAGAAGAACCGAAGGAUGAGGACAGUGCAAGCUCCAUAUUGUCUAAAACCAGUUAUGGUUUUAGUCAUGAACCUGAAGUAUCUGUCCCAAGUAUUCCUAAGGAGAAUCCCAAACCACAAGAGGUGCCAGCAAAUGUACUGCAGCAGGAUAUGUCAGUCAAAGCAGCAUCUGAACUUCUCAUGAAAUUAUCAGCGGAAAGUUGCAAGGAAUCCAAGACAAUAAAGAUUAAAGAAGAGCCAAUGGAAGUUGAGAUUCAUGACUCCCAUGCCUCUGUUUCACCUAGCCAAAAUGUCAGUUACAGCACUUUACUUAGGCAAGAGAUAGCUGAACAGGUACAAAAGAUCCCUGAAAGCCGUGUAGUUCCAGAGAGAAACCUCUUUAGUCAAGAUAUAUCUGUGAAAAUGGCUUCAGAAUUACUUUUUCAAUUGUCAGAAAAAGUGAGCAAAGAGCACAAUCACUCUAAAGAUAAUACCAUCACUAUUACAACUAGCCCAUUUUUUUCUGAAGAUACUUUUAGACAAUCACCAUUCACUUCGAACUCAAAAGAUCUGUCUAAUGAGAGUGCUGUUCAGGGAAGGACAUCAGUUCUAGAAACGGAGAAUAUAGGACUAGAAACUGGAAAUGGGUUGCCGUCUUGGAAAUUUAAUGACCAGCUCUUUCCUUGUGAUGUAUGUGGAAAAGUGUUUGGCCGACAACAGACGUUGUCCCGACAUCUCUCCCUGCACACAGAAGAGAGAAAAUAUAAAUGCCAUUUGUGCCCGUAUGCUGCUAAGUGCCGUGCUAAUCUGAACCAGCAUCUGACUGUGCAUUCUGUGAAGUUGGUGAGUACAGACACUGAAGACAUUGUCAGCGCUGUCACAUCUGAAGGCAAUGAUGGAAAGAAGCAUCCUUAUUACUACAGUUGUCAUGUGUGUGGAUUUGAAACAGAGCUGAAUGUCCAGUUUGUCAGUCAUAUGUCGCUUCAUGUGGAUAAAGAACAAUGGAUGUUUUCUAUUUGCUGCACAGCCUGUGAUUUUGUUACCAUGGAAGAGACGGAGAUGAAGGCUCAUGUUGCCACCAAGCAUGCAGGUGAAGAAAGGAAAACACUCAGUGAUUCAACCAGUCCUUCUUCUUCUUCCUUGUCAGCACUUAGUGAUUCUGCCAAUAGUAAAGAAGAUGCAGAUAUCAGCCCCAAACCCAAGGGAUCCAAUAACCUGCUAGUUAUUUCUGUAGUGCCUGGUAGUCAGACUCUAUUAAAUGCGGAAGAAAAAUCAGAGAAAGGUUUUGAAUGUGUUUUCUGUAACUUUGUCUGCAAAACAAAAACCAUGUUUGAGCGCCAUUUGCAAAUCCACCUGAUUACACGGAUGUUUGAAUGUGAUGUGUGCCACAAGUUCAUGAAGACUCCUGAGCAAUUAUUGGAGCACAAGAAAUGCCAUACUGUCCCCACUGGUGGGCUCAAGUGUCCCUUCUGCAUUUAUUCCACAAACCGUCCAGCAGCAAUGGAAUGCCAUUUGAAAACCCACUACAAAAUGGAGUACAAGUGCCGGAUCUGCCAAGCAGUGAAAGCCAAUCAGCUCGAGCUGGAAAUGCACAUUCGAGAGCAUCGCCUUGGCAACCACUACAAGUGCGAUCAGUGUGGCUAUCUUUCAAAGACUGCCAACAAGCUGAUAGAGCAUGUGCGUGUGCAUACAGGGGAACGCCCUUUUCACUGUGACCAGUGCAGCUACAGCUGCAAACGCAAAGACAAUCUCAACCUGCACAAGAAACUCAAGCAUGCGCCCCGGCAGACCUUCAGCUGCGAAGAGUGCCUCUUCAAGACCACCCACCCAUUUGUCUUCAGCCGCCAUGUGAAGAAACAUCAAAAUGGAGACUGCUCUGAAGAGGAAAAAAAGGGGCAGGGUGUGAAUUCCACGGAAGCCAGCCCCCUGUUCAUGGCCAACAGUUCCCGCAGCCUCUUGUCCCCUCUCUCAGUGAUGUCAGCCUCCCAUGCUCUACAGACAGUGGCCAUGUCAGCCGCUCAAAGUGGUGGGACAGAGCCAAACCUGGCGCUGAGGGCCUUGACCAUAAACGGUACUUCCCUAUGCUUUGAUAAAUACCGGAACUCUGAGUUUGCCCACCUCAUUCCCUUGACCAUGUUUUUCCCCAAAAACCAUUUUGAAAUCACAUUCCAUUCACCUCAACCACAGACCCUACGCUUGGAUGACCCUUCGCCGAAGCACUCCUUCCUUGCUUAUCUCGGACUAACAGAAAGAGCAGAAGCUCUCUAGGACAGCCCCCUCUGUACCAAAAAUCCUCCACACUGCACCCAUGACACACCCACCAAUACUCCAAGCAGGUUUUAUUUCAAAUCAUAGAUCCAAGAGUUUGGCUGCCCAACCAAUUGUACAAUAUAUCGUUAGUGGUAAGUUACAGCAAAGAAAAUGGCGCCACUCGUCUCCUUAAUACAUGGCCAUGAAGGCUGCUUUGUUAUUAAAUCUUCAGACAGACGACCUGCAUAUUUCUACUUUCAGAGGCAUGUUUCCGUACUCUCACCUGAGAAACAUUUUUUGUCUCUUAAGCUGAACAAGAGUGUCCUUAAUGGCAGUCAGCACUAGCUAAGAUGACCCUUCGAUGCAUUUGACUUUGGGUUGUGAAUCUGAGCGUUUCUAAAAAAAGAGUCUGUGUGCCAUGGCAUUGCUUUUGCACAUCCUUUUGUACUGGCUUAUUUAAUAUGAACUUAAGAAGCUGCCUUAUGCUGCAUCAGACAGUCUAUCCAGUAUUGUCUAUUACGAUUGACACCAGUUCUCCAGGAUAGAAGUCAUUUCUAGCAGCUGCUUCCUGAGAUUUCUUAACUAGACAUACUGGUGGCUGAAUCUGGGAUCUUUAUACAUACAAAGCAUGUGCUCUACCACUGAGCUGUAGCCCCACCCCUGUGAAACAUGGCAGUCAUCCAGGCUUGCUCACCUUGCCUGCUUCUCUUUUACUGCUCAGUUAUGGAAUGUAAGAACAGCAAUCAAGAAGAACUAGCAUGGCAGUCAGUCCUGCUGGGAAUUUGCUACGUUAAUGGCAGGCUAG